AGCUCCGCAGAGUCGCUGUCUUCACAAAGCUGUUUUUCUUUCUCCGGCCAGCGGCCCCGCUCCACGCUUGGUUUCUUUCUUUUAAUCGUAAAAAAACAGCUGAGAGGUUUUAAAAAGUGCACAUUUCAACCACUAAGCUAUGUCAGUCGUUCCUCCGAAUCGCUCGUCCACCGGUUGGCCGCGCGGAGUGAAUCAGUUCGGGAACAAAUACAUCAGUCCUCCGGCUAAACCGCUCACCCUGGAGAGAACCAUCAACCUAUAUCCCCUGACCAAUUACACGUUCGGCACGAAGGAGCCGCUGUAUGAGAAGGACAGCUCGGUGGCCGCCAGGUUCCAGCGGAUGCGGGAGGAGUUUGAGAAGAUCGGGAUGAGGCGGACUGUGGAGGGAGUGCUGAUAGUACACGAACACAGACUGCCCCAUGUUUUACUGCUGCAGCUGGGGACCACCUUCUUCAAACUCCCUGGUGGAGAAUUAAACCCUGGAGAAGAUGAGGUGGAGGGUUUAAAACGCCUGAUGACGGAGAUUUUGGGCCGUCAGGAUGGAGUGAAGCAAGACUGGGUGAUUGAUGACUGCAUUGGAAACUGGUGGAGACCCAAUUUUGAACCACCCCAGUACCCUUACAUUCCAGCGCACAUCACAAAGCCCAAGGAACAUAAGAAACUUUUCUUGGUACAGCUACAGGAGAAAGCUUUGUUUGCUGUGCCAAAGAACUACAAGUUGGUAGCAGCUCCUUUGUUUGAGCUUUAUGACAAUGCUCCUGGAUAUGGGCCCAUCAUAUCCAGCCUCCCUCAGCUCCUCAGCAGGUUUAACUUCAUCUACAACUGAUAGGCACAUAGCUUGUAUGGCUGUCUCUGUGAGUGCAGCCCGAACGGAUGAGAGGACAAGAGGCCGAGAAAAAGUGACCAUGAAUAACCACCCUGUCACUAGAAGGAAUCGACAUGUCCAUUUUCAGACUUCAUUAUAAGGGUUUUUUGUUUGUUUUUUUGACAUCUAGUUUUUGUUUCUUCCUCAACUGUGUUGUAAUUUUACUCUUAAUUAAAUCUCCAUUUUGCUGAAAAGCUGGGUUUUUUGAGUUUUAUGUUAAGGAGUGCAUAGUGUUAUCUUUUGUAUGUUUGUCAUUCCUUUUUAUAAUAAACUGCUGAAAUCUGAAAA